AUGUUUGACAGCAUCUGCACAUGUUGUUCUGUUUACAACAAGAUGGCGGCUCCCGUCUCGGAGAAGACAGUUAAGUUGGGCUUUUUGGAAGAGAUAGACUCUCAACUGUUGAAGAGUCACUUUUUUCCGAGCAAAGUUGGUGGUAGACCAGCAUGGCUAUCUCUGGAUCAGUUACCGGACCCUUCUAGUCUACAGUGCUCAGAAUGUAAUGGAGUCACACGAUUUCUUAUGCAGGUCUACGCACCACUCCAGUCGAGAGAUGACACAUUUCAUCGGACUUUGUUCGUUUUCAUAUGCCCAAAUCCUCCUUGCUCAUCAAAGAGUGUUACGAAGAGUUUCAAAGUGAUCAGGUCUCAGUUGCCACUUCUCAAUGACUUUUACAGCAAAGAGCCGCCCUCAGAAGAAAUUCCUGAGGAUUUCGAUUCAGAACAGUAUCCCCAUGCAGGGAAGUUUCACCCUCUGUGUAAAGUGUGUGGUGUGAAGGGACCCAAGAAAUGUUCUCAAUGCAAGAAGGCCAGCUAUUGCAGCAAAAGUCACCAAGUCAUUGACUGGAAAACAGGACAUAAAAAAGAAUGUUGCAAAGAGAACAAGAAAAAAACUGGCAGUGGUUCCCAAGCAUAUGAGUCAGAACUUUUCAAAGAGUUUGAGCUGGUCACAGAAGACGAAGUUUUGCCCGCAGAAAGCAACAACAACAACAGUAAAAGUGAAGAGGAAUGUCUCCGAGAGUAUGAGAGGCUAAUGGAGUCUCAAAAGUUUCAAAGCUCUAAUGAAGUAUACCAGCUGGAGGAGCUGGAGAAAACAGCAAAAGGGGAAACAGAGGAGGAUAAAGCCUACCUGAAAUUCAAAGAGAGAGUGAGGACUGAGCCAAGUCAGGUAUUACGCUAUUGUCGGACAGAUGAACCUUUGUGGGUAUCUCUCUACCAGAGGCCGGCUGCAGAGGAUAUUCCCAACUGUCCGUUGUGUGGGGCAUCAAGAGUUUUUGAGUUUCAGAUUAUGCCACAGCUCCUGAACCACCUGGACCUGGACCGCCUGGAAGCGAGCGUUGACUGGGGAACCCUGUGUGUCUACACGUGUGCCGACAGCUGCAGCAUUGGAAAUACUUACAGAGAGGAAUUUAUCUGGAAACAAGAUUUUUACAAUCCGGAUGAGUGAACUUUCCAUUUUGAUCUGUGAUUUUUCUGCAGCUGUGAACUACUUUAAGGUCCCUUUAUAUUUAUUUUUUUUGCCCCCAAGAUUUAGAACUUCGGUCUGACAGGUCUUAAAGUCUAAUUAACAUCAAGACUUGUGCCCACAUUUAUUGCUAGGAAACUUCUAAAACAUUGGUAAAGAAUGCGUCUAUCUCUUUUGUCUUUGACUUUGUUUUUGUUCUUACAAAAAUAACGCUCUGAGAUUCACUAUGAAUACAGUUUGAGGUGCCUCUUAUAUCAUGGGUGACUUACUUGUGGUGCUGAUGUUGUGUCAGGUUCCUGCCGCAUUAAUGUACACAAUUGCUGGGGAUGAAGACAUUUAUUUCCUACAGUCCAGCACACACAUAGCAGACAGGCACAAAGUAAACCCAUUUUCAGGUCUCAAAUUUGUUCUUAUACAUGUAUAUAUAUUCCUAGUAUUUAACACUCUGGUUGCUAAGCCUGGUGCUUGUAUGUGUUUUGUUGAAUCUAAGUGAGGAAGAUCAAGAUGCUUGUGUUGACAUGGCUUAGUUCAAGGAGCAGGAAGAAAAUAUUCUUCUACCUUCUAUAUGAUCUUCUUUUGUGCAAACAAAUCAGAAAGCCAGAAUUUUAACCUCUUCUCCAUGCGUUUAACAUGUCGUGGAAAUUGUCCAUAUGGUUUGGAAAUGUUCAUCAAUUUCCAAUAUGGCUCAGUAAAGAACUCAUGGAAGAAGGACAGUGCUGCAAUGAAAGCCAUUAUUCUUUCAUCUUGCAAAUAAUUCAGAAUUCUUUCCAGUUUAACCCCUUCACUUUUGCCCACUUUGACCCCAUAUGCUGGAAAAAUUUCCAGAAACCGCAAGAAAUAGGUGACAUCCCUUAUAGGUCGUUGGGUGCUCUUGAAUUAAGUGAAAAGUAUUACUAAGUAUAUAUUUCUAAGCAAUAGCUUUGAUUGGAUAGAGCUUUUGGAGCUGAAAACAAAGAUGUCUUUGGUUUUUGUGUAUCUUAAUAAUUAUUUUACGAGCAUUCAAAGUUUCGUUUGACUUAGUUUUUUUCCGCGCUUUCCGGAGAAGUGCUCGGGGCCCUUUCUUUGGAGAGUUGUAUCUUUCAAAGUUGGCGUUUCAUAUUCAUGAAAUGCACAGAACUCAAAGUCCAGCACAAUGAUACCCCAAAUCUAUAAUUGUUAAGUUGUAUCUCUUUAUUUAACAAAGAUAAUGAAAAUGACAAAAAACUGUUUUUCGCUGUGGAAAAAUGGCACAAUCCAGCUGAUUGUCCAACUUUGACAUAGAGUCUCAAGAAAAAAAAAAGGGUACGACAAGUAAACCAAAUAUAUUAGUCUACUAGCAUGUUCUCAGAGACAAGCUCCAAUUUUGUUCAAACCUCUCAAGCAAUAAUUGUAGGAUUUAUGGUCUUCCGAAAAUUGCUUGAAGGCCUUUUUGGCCAUUUGGAAGAAAAGUCUGAAAAAAUAAGGGCAAGAUAUUGAAUGUUCCCAGAAUCAUUUUUCCGCAACCAGUUGAGAUAGAAAGAUGAUACUUAUAUCACUGUAUUCGUCUUUUAAAGUACUAAAAGGCUAUAUUCUUUUUACACUGUUCUUUAUACAACAAGAUACAAAGAAAACCAUCAAAUGAAUGUAUAUUGCGCAACAAAAAUAAGUUUGAGAAAAACUUUGAAAAUUCGUAAAAAUUUCAUUUUCAAAGCCAUCAGAAAACCAAAGACAUCCCUGUUUUCAGCUCGAAGAGCUCUAUAUGCUCAAUUCACUAUUAACUUUAGAUUGUUUACUUUUAAUAGUAUAAAUACCAAGUCAAGCCCUUGUCAAAGCGACAAGAGACUUGUCUGGUGUAAAGGAUUAUUUCCUCAGUAUUUCUGGAAUUGUAAAUAGCACAACCACAACAGAACACCACACAAAAUAAACAAAUGGCAAAAGAACUGUAUUAGUGACAAUCUCACAACAGGGUUAAUAGAACAAUAUAGUAGCAUUAGAUUAAUUAGAAUCCUCUUACCUCAGAGGCAGGCAUUCUGAAUCCUGAGGUAGGACUCGUUCAGUUCAGGAAGGCAACUGACUUUCCAGAGGCGGCAAUUACGUCUCACAGGGCUGAGGUCUAAGUCCCAGGCGAAGACAAACUUGGCGUCAACUAGUGCGAUGUUAUCUGCUCUAGGCCAGCGGAAAUAUUCCUGGUUUGCUUUAGUCUGUUCCAAAAAUUUCAUCUCGGCGGAAGUGUCGCUGCAAACAUUAACUACUUGGCCAAUGUAGAACCUGUCGUUGUAGUAGACUGCAGCCCAGGUCUUGUGAAGCGAAAUGGCUCAUUCCACAGCUGCACCUUCUCUGAACUCAACAUAAGAGUCUGAAAUGAGGUCACGAAAAGUUCUCUCCUUUCGGGGACAUCGCUGAGGAAGCCAUACAGACAAUCACGAAGGGCAGCUUCAUUUGGUACUGGAAAGGAUACUGACAAAGUGGUAGAAAAAGUCUGCUCAAACACUGGGAGUGCAUUAUGUGCCAAAUCUGAGAAUGCCGCAUGCAGUUCUCGGACAAAGCGAGGGAAUGAAGCAAAGCUGGUGUGGCUCUGGACCAGUUUCCAGUAGGGUCUCGUGAAAUGCAGAUGCAUCAAGCCUAACGCUGUGACAAGUGUGUGAUGGCCUGGGAAAACCAGGCACAAUGUAAUUUUUUAUGUUUUUUAACUGAUGGUGCCACUUGACAGCCCUUUCAUUUCUCUACAUGGCACUGUUUAAAUUUUUCAAAUAUCUCAAUUUAUAACGGAGUUAUGGCAUUUUGAUGUAAGGAACCGUGCGACUUGAGAAUUUUAGAAAAACGCAUUUGAAGUUAAGCCUUUUUUUAUCAUGAACUAUUGUGCAUAACUGAUGAGAUGCAUUAUUUGUAAUGUGCAAAUACCCUGCUCCCAGGCCCAAAAAACAGAUGACUAACCAGC